AUGAUGAAGAGGAAGCUGAGUGGAACAGAGACGCCCGCCGCUCCACUGGACAGAUGGAAACAGAAGAUUGGGGAGAGGAACGAGCCAGGAACCCAGAAACCUCCUCUGAGGCUGAGACUGAUGACAAAACCAGCUUCCUGCUCCAAGACCAAGAACACAGGGAAGAGUACAUUCCCCUGCUCCCUCUGUGGUAAACAGUUUACGGAGAAAGGAAACCUCAACAAACACAUGAGAAUCCACACUGGAGAGAAACCAUUCGUGUGCUCCCUUUGCGGUAAAGGGUUUGCACAUAAAGGACACCUCAACACACAUGUGAGAAUCCACACUAGAGAGAAACCAUUCAUCUGCCCACUCUGUGGUACAGGGUUUACUGACAAAGGAAACCUCAACACACACAUGAGAAUCCACACUGGAGAGAAACCGUUCCCCUGCCCACUCUGUGGUACAGCGUUUGCACAGAAAGGACACCUCAAGAUACACAUGAGAAUCCACACAGGAGAGAAACCGUUCCCCUGCUCACUCUGUGGUACAGCGUUUGCACAGAAAGGAAACCUCAAGAUACACAUGAGAAUCCACACUGGAGAGAAACCGUUCAUCUGCUCACUCUGUGGUAAACAGUUUACCAAGAAAGGAAACCUCAACAAACAUAUGAGAAUCCACACUAGAGAGAAACCAUUCGUUUGCUCCCUCUGUGGUAAAGGGUUUACUGAGAACGGAACACUCCACAAACACAUGAGAACCCACACUGGAGAGAGCCUGUAG